CAUAGUUCCGUGUUUUCUCCGUCUCUGUUCAAGAUACUCUAUAACAGCAUUACAUCCACCUACCUAGCCAUGUUCAUCCAGCUGCACUGCCCUAGGCAUAGGUUCAUGUCUACGUAAUCCCAACAGUUAGCACCCAUCAGUUUCAUCCGUCCUUACUCUGGCCCUGGCCCUGUCCGGCAACCGGCACCUCGGACUUACAAUGUCUUCCCAAGGAACCCAAAAGCUUUCUUCCUCUCCUUUGUGUCUUCCAUUGCUCAAGUUCUCAUAUGCUACUGUCUCUAGCGAGAGCAUUGCUCCCAUUCCGUGGAUCCAUCUUUCUAGCAAAAAUAGCCUCUUUGCCGUCUUCGAAACAAGCCCUGUGCAACUGGAGAAUGGGUGUGUGGAGGAGAGACAAAAGUUCAAAGUCUUACGUGACCCCGAAGUAAUGGAAGAAUUGGACCUCAAUGCUUUGUCGGCCGGCGCCCAUCGUGCAAUGGCUCAAGCACCGAACAUCAUGUCUCCUCAAAUCCCCGAAGUGACUGUGAUUGUCAAAGUCCCAAUGAUUGCUAUGAAAUAUCCCAUGCCCAAUGGACAGGUGACAGAAACCAGACCCAAAGCAUUCCCUGCUUACAGUGUUUUAGAUACGACGUUUUCAAAUCCGCUUUGCCACGAAUGAGGAUUACUACGAGGCCAUGAAGAUGCUGUCUCGUGCCGACGUACCUACGGUCGAAGCGGGCUCGUUUCCAGCCCAAAAAUCACAGGCAGGUGCCCGGCCUCUCCCAAGGAAUCUUGUCACUCCAAGCGACUCUGCCUCCCAGAUUGGUUUGCCGGCUGAACCCACGACCCUGUAUAUGAAUCAGAAGCCAGAUCAUGCAGCCAUGUGCCCGCCGAGAUAUUCCACGGCCGGAUCUGCUCCUCAGCCAGCACCGAUCGCCCGUCCAACGAUGGCGCCCCCAAAUUACUUUCCGGCCACAACAGAUAUCAAUCAGCGUCAUCCACAGCUGCCACCGUCCGUUGCGGGGCCGUGGCCUGAUAAGCAGAUUCCUGGCAACCAGAUUUCGGCAUCACGAUCCAAUAUUUCACUAAGUACAGCGACAACUCUUGUCUGCGCCGUCAAUCGACCUGGGCCUCGCGCUCCGCCCGCUCACGCCAAUAACAUGGCCGACGCGGCAGACACGGUGGAGUCACGGGUAGCCGACCUUCCCAUAAAUGUGACAGGAGCUAAGCCUCCACAAGCAGACAACGCCCAUCUUAUGGACCACCAAGGGGAACUGGGUCUUCCCCCAAAAAGAGAGCUACCAUUUCGUCGAACAGAACCCGCCAAGACAGAAAAGCAACGUUCCGACAAUAAGCAACAACCACAAAGAGACGACCAACCACGGGAAUUAGACGCCGAUGACUCUAGGUCAGUGGCCACUACGGCGGUUACAGGGAAGCGGAAACGAGCCGCCACGCGAAAGACAUCCAAGCCGUCGACCGCCAAGAAGCCUCGAACGACAACGACACGGAAGAAGACGGGCAAAGCCAAGGACGAUACACCUCCUGUUCCCAGUGUUGAGGAGCUUCUCCAAAAGCAAGACUCCCCUUUACAACGACGUAACGAUCAGCUGAGACGCAUCCAACCUCCAGCUCAGAAGUCUCAGACGCGGCUCAUUCGAGUUUCCCCAUCGGCGGAAAUCCCCGAAUCCGAUGCAUGCUCGUUGAGAAGUCAAACGGGCAAAUGCGGCAUUAGAAGUCCAUCUCUCGGAGGGGAUGGUAAUGUGACCAAACGCAUAACGAGGUCGACGUCAAAGUGUCUUGGUACUGCUUUUUUGGAACUCGGGACGCACGGAGAAAAAGACAUACAUGAAGUCCAGAAGCCGGGAUGUUUGCCAUGCACGCCUGCCGACCAAAUCGUUGUCCCAUUGACUCCAAAUUCACCGCUAGGCGGAGCUGCUGUCUCCAAGAAAUUGAACCCAUUGGCACCACCACCGCCGCCGGCACCGUUGCGCCGUAGCGGGCCAACGACCAGAUCUGCCAAGAGCCAUAAACCAAAGACCUCGGAGCAAGCUGACUCCGCCGAGUCAGAAGGGAUGGAGCCCAAAGGAAAUCGCGAAUCCGGCCGAAGCCAAACAAAUAACUCCUUUACCUGCGCCGACCUAGUGGCGCCACCUUCAGGCUCGUCGGCAUCAGCAGUAGCAGCAGUAGUGACACCCUCAGAAAGGGCUCUCCCUGCUGUGCAAAAAGAGCCCACGGCUGCCAGUGAUGUACAGGAACAAUCGGCACCGGCACCUCACAAGAACUUGAACCACGCCCAAGCUCUGGCAGCCUAUCUCGAAACAGAUCCCGAUCCCGGCAACGAAAAGCUACAGGCGUGGUCUGCCAUGCCACCAGCCACGGGUAUCCCGUUGUUAAGAUCGUACUUUUGCAACCUCAUCAUGGACCCCAACUUCUCUGCUCUUUGCAAAACUCUGGGCUCCUUCUGGGAGAGGGAAAUCCUGGAGCGACGAAUUGGCCAAAUGUCUGGAGUGGGCGACGAUAUCAUGAUGUCGGCGUCGCGAGAUCGAGAUCGGGAGGCGGAGUAGAUUGUUCUGAAUAGGUCCAGUCCAUUCAGAGUAGGACCCAUGCGAGAGAAGGGGAGUAGAAAAGGAGGUAGUUAUUUUUCCUUGAUGUGUCGAGGCAGAUGCGGCGCCAAAGUGGGACCCACUCCCUCCUCGGUUGAGCAAGACAUUACACUGGACGUGGCACGGUAUGAGUUAGAUAGUAUGUAUCUCUUAAACGCAAGUUCGCGUGUCGGUAACGACGGGGUUCAAGUUGCGGCCAUCCAUAAUGUCAUGUGCUGGGCGAGCGGUAAGGCACCUAGGUAUUGUAGGAAGACGGCGAGCAACCCAUCGCAACAUCAACCAGACUUCAUGCCAUUGUUUGUCUCUUUAGGAAAAGAAAGAAUGGGGCGUGUUAUGUUUCUCUGCAAUACACUUCGAUUUCAACAAUACA